AUGGCACCUCCAAGUACAAAACAGCAGUCGCUGACUGCCUUCUUCAAAAAGCCUACGUCUUCACUGCCUCCUAAAGCAGCUACGCCACCGACUCGAGUGCGUGCCGAUAGCGGAUUCGAGAUUCCUGAAGCCAAACGCAGGAAAGUCACACCGGAGCAUGGACGUGAUGCCACCCCGUCGGAAGAUGAUGAAGGCGAUGCCGAUGAACCCAGAUCUAUGCUCAAACCGGUCUCGGGGAACGGAAAGAUUGCUCGAGAGCCUCCCAGAUCACCAGUAACAAGUCGGACGUCUCAGUACAUGUUCUCGCCUUCUCAGCAGGAGAACAGGGAGCCCGAAGACCUCGAUCCCGCAACUCAGCAAAAAAGAGAACAGCUUCACCGACAAUUUGUGAAGAAGCUGGGCAAACCAGAUAGCAUUGCAGACCUCAGACGGAGAAACCGGAUGCUGAAUAGUGACGAAGAGGAUGAAGCCGACGAGGAGGCUGACGAGGAGCCCGAAGAAGCCGUGAGGCCAAAGAAAGGCAAGGCAGUUAAGAAGGGCGGUAACAAGCUCACUCCAAUGGAACAGCAAGUUAUCGACAUCAAGAAAGCCCAUCCGGACACGGUACUCGUCGUGGAAGUGGGGUACAAAUUCCGCUUUUUUGGUGAAGAUGCUAGAACUGCUGCGAGAGAGCUUAGCAUUGUGUGCAUCCCAGGAAAGAUGCGUUUCGAUGAACAUCCAUCAGAAGCCCAUCUUACCAGGUUCGCUUCCGCGAGCAUUCCUGUGCAUCGUCUGCAUGUGCACGUCAGGCGACUAGUAGCAGCUGGUCAUAAAGUUGGCGUUGUGCGCCAGAAAGAGACAGCAGCAUUGAAGGCGGCUGGCGACAACCGCAAUACACCUUUCGUGCGCGAGCUCACAAACCUGUAUACUAAAGGUACAUAUAUCGAUGAUACGGAGAGCUUGGAGGACAGCGGGAAUGCUCCUGCACAAUCUCCCUCCACCGGGUUCUUGCUUUGUCUUACCGAAGACAAUGUGAAAGGCUACGGAAACGAUGAGAAAGUCCACGUUGGCGUUGUAGCGGUGCAACCUGCGACUGGCGAUAUCGUCUACGACGACUUUGAAGACGGCUUUAUGCGGAGUGAGAUCGAGACGAGACUCCUUCACAUUGCCCCUUGCGAAAUUCUUAUCGUUGGCAACUUGUCGAAGGCGACAGACAAGAUCGUUGUGCACCUUGCUGGUAGCAAGACCACCGUCUUUGGCGACAAAAUUCGGGUUGAACGGAUCACCAAGAACAAGACCAUGGCUGCGGAAGCCCACAACCACAUCACGAAGUUCUACGUGGACAAGAUGAAGGAUACCGGCAAUGACGAUGGCAAGGCGGGAAAGAUCUUGGCUAAGAUCCUGGGUCUUCCCGAGCACGUCUGCAUUUGUCUAUCAGCAAUGAUCGAGCACCUUUCAGAAUACGGCCUCAAGGAUGUCUUCACUCUGACAAAGUACUUCCAGCCAUUUUCGGCUCGAUCACAUAUGCUGCUGAAUGGCAAUACCUUGACUAGUCUAGAAGUCUACCAGAACCAGACAGAUCACACCACGAAAGGAAGUCUUUUCUGGACGCUUGACCGGACGGAGACCAAGUAUGGAGCUCGACUUCUACGAAAAUGGGUGGGUAGGCCACUACUCGACAAAGCUAAUAUUCAAGAGCGCCAGGCUGCUGUUGAAGAGUUGAUGUCGACUGAGAAGGGCAUACAUGUGGACAAGCUGAAGACUGUGCUUUCGAAGCUCAAGACUGAUCUCGAGAAGAGCUUGAUCAGAAUCUACUACGGCAAGUGCUCGCGACCCGAGCUCCUCACUGUGCUGCGUUCCCUGCAGACCAUUGGCAAUGAUUUCGGUCACGUCAGGGACGCACUGUCAACUGGCUUUGAUGCGCCCAUGCUCUCCUCAGCAAUUGCCUCGCUUCCCCUAAUACUCCCAGCGGUUCUUACACACCUCGACAAGAUCAAUCCAACUGCGGCUGGGAAGGACGACAAGUUUGCAUUCUUCCUCGAAGCUCACGAAACAGACGCGAUUGAGCAUCAUAAGUUUGGUAUCGCAAGUGUUGAACACGACCUCGACGCAAUGCGGUCUCAAUUCGCCGAAACGCUGGGCAAGAAACACCCUGUGCAAUACAACACAACAGCAGGCAUCGAAUACCUGAUCGAGGUUGAAAAUGCAUCGGCGAGCAUCAAGAAGGUUCCAGCUUCGUGGACCAAAAUCUCCGGUACCAAAAAGGUCUCUCGUUUCCACCCACCCAAGGUGGUCGAACUGAUGAAGGAGAGAAGCCAGCACAAGGAGUCGCUCGAUGCUGCGUGCGAUCAAGCAUUCAAGGAUCUGCUGGUCGACAUUAGUGCGGACUAUCAGCUCUUCCGCGACACGAUCCAAUCAUUGGCAACUCUCGACUGCCUCUUAUCAUUGGCCACCGUUGCUUCGCAGCCAGGGUAUGUCAAGCCAGCGUUCGUCCCUGGUACGAGCAUAAACGUCAAAGGCGCUCGCCAUCCAAUGAUUGAGCAGCUCCUCCUGGAUGCAUACGUACCCAACGAUAUACUCUUAACGAGCCAUGAGAGAUCUCUUCUCGUGACUGGGCCUAAUAUGGGUGGCAAAUCGUCCUACGUUCGCAGCAUUGCGCUGAUUGCGAUUAUGGCCCAGAUUGGUUCAUUUGUACCCGCAGAGAGUGCUGAGCUAGGCAUUUUGGACGCUGUCUUCACCCGCAUGGGCGCACUCGAUAAUAUGAUGAAGGGCGAAAGUACCUUCAUGGUUGAGCUUUCGGAGACGAGCGACAUCCUUAAGUUGGCGACGGAACGUAGCUUGGUCGUGCUUGACGAGCUCGGCCGAGGAACCAGCACACAUGACGGCAUGGCUAUCGCCAGCAGCGUCCUCGAUUGGCUCGUGAGGGAAAAGAAAUGUCUCACACUUUUCAUCACUCACUAUCAAGCCUUGGCUCGAAUGCAGGAGCAGUUCGCUGAUGGUGAGCUCAGGAAUGUGCACAUGAAGUUCGAGCAUAGCGGCGAAGGCGAGCACGAGGAAGUAACGUUUCUGUACGAAGUUGGUGAAGGUGUCAGCUACCGCAGCUAUGGUCUGAACGUUGCCAGACUUGCUGGUCUCAGUCCUGGGGUACGGGAGCUUGCGCGCGAGAAGAGUUCAAUGCUUGAAGAGGUGGUGAGAGGCCGACAUUUGAAAGCCAUCGGCAGGAUGCUGUCAAGUGAGAAUGCGGCCAAUCACCUACUGGACCGGCUGGUGGAAGGCAUCGACAGCCUGUGA